AUGGCCUCCUCUUCCUUUCAUUCCGCGCGAGGCUCCCCGGAGGCUAUCGAGGAUCCUCGAGUCACCCUCCGCCGCAAGCCCGAGAUCGACUCAAAGCUUCGUAUAAUAGCCCAGGCCCUAGACAACAAUGAAGCCUCGGCUACCACGGUCAGACAGGUAUGGGACCAGCUUCAUGAUAGCUGGUGGAAGGUUGCGAGCGACAUCAACCGCCGAGGAUUUCACCAAGGCCGACGAUACCACAUUCUCGAUUUCCCCUCCUUCAUCACUGAGGCUGUGCCUCACGACCGCCUUGAUAUCCUCCUCCGACUUGUCUUCGCCGCCGACUUCAACACCGCUAAGCUGAAGCCCGAAGGGGCUAAUCGCCUGAAGAAUGCCGCCCUCGCUCUCGAGCUCGUCGACCCCAUCUUCCUGUUUCUCUGGUUGGGCCCGGCUAUCUGCGCUGCCACCAACUCUCUCAAGGCGAUUUCCAGCCUCAAGAAGUCCCGGUCUCACGAGCCCGUUGACGCUGCUGCCAUCACCGAUGCCAUCCGCCAACAGAUGGUCGGCCGCCACAUGCUUUCUGCUUCACCAGAGGAUAUGGCUCCCAUGCCCUCUGUCGCCGACGUCACCAACGCUGUAGACCAGCUCCGAAAAGCCGCACCAGCCAAGGCCGUCAGGCCAGCUGCUCAAGCUUCUCGGGCUGGAAGGAAGCGGAAGGCUGAUGACGAAGAGGACGAUGAAUCCGUCGCGUCCGUCCGCCGACAGUCCAAACGACGCCGGGUCUCUUCCGAAGAGCUGAGCGAGCUCGCCCGCGACGCCUACGACGAGCAAAUGGCUGACAAAGAGCCAAGCUUCCUAUCUUCGUUCAUGACUAGUGGCUUUGUUGCCCCUGACCGCCCAGGCGGCGACAACCUUGGGAGCCCACCCCCUUUAAGGAAUGAUGACGAGACCGCCUUGGCCAACGACGACAACCUGCAGCAGCUGCUCAAUCUGUGUGCCAUGCUUGUUUCGGCCCCCCUCCUCACCGCUGAGUCUGGUCUUCCGCUGAGCAUGAGAUUGAUGCUGGAGAAUACGAAGAACGCCGCUCGAAGCGCGCUUCUGCUUGCCCGCGAUGAGAAUGUUGUUGAGGAGAUGGAAGAGAGGAUGAAGAGCCGUGAGUCUCUUGGUGUGGAGUCGGAGAGUGAUGACGUCUGA